AUGCUUUCCGGCUUAGCAAACCCGCGGCAAGCAGCCGCGCAAGUACUCAACUUCGCGCUGGUACUGUCAACAGCAUUCAUGAUGUGGAAAGGCCUCUCCAUCGCCUCCAACUCCCCAAGUCCCAUCGUCGUCGUCCUCUCGGGCUCCAUGGAGCCCGCCUUCCAGCGCGGCGAUCUGCUCUUCCUUUGGAACCGCAACCUGCUGGCCCCCACCGACGUGGGCGAGGUCGUCGUAUACAACGUACGCGACAAGGAUAUUCCCAUCGUGCAUCGUAUCGUGCGCAAGUUCCAGUCCGUCGAUGGCGACGAGGCCAAGGCGAAGCUGCUCACCAAGGGCGACAACAAUGCGGCUGACGACACGGAGUUAUACGCCAAGGGGCAGGACUACUUGGAGAGGAGGGAUAUUAUUGGCAGCGUGGUCGGGUACAUUCCGUUUGUGGGCUAUGUCACGAUUCUGCUCAGUGAACAUCCGUGGUUGAAGACGGUCAUGCUGGGCAUUAUGGGGCUGUUCGUGGUGCUGCAACGGGAGUAG